AACAAUACGAAAACAUUAACACAUAUAUACAGACGGAACAAUCUCUGGUUUACGUGCGCGGCUCAGAGCGGAAGUGCAACCGCGCGCAGACGAGGCUGUCUGGGCGACGGUCCCGGAGACGCGGCGCUGGAGGACGAGCUGAUGGUCUGCUGCAAUACCAAUAAUGGGAAGGAAGGAUGCUAGUGCCUCUAAAAUUCCAAUUGAUCACUACCGGAAACAAAUUGGUAAACAAGAUUAUAAGAAAACCAAAUCAGUUUUAAAAGCAACGCGAUUGAAAGCAGAAGCAAAGAAAACAGCACCAGGAAUAAGGGAUGUGACACUCAUCAUUGCGGCUAUAGUGAUUUUACUUGUGGCUAUUUAUGGCUUCUUUUAUCUGAAACUCACCGCAGAAGUUGAUCUUAAUCCAGACCGGGAUGAAAAUUAGCAAUAGAAUGGCUCUUUCAAGGAUACAUAAUCCUCUGUGAUGCAUAAAUAAACCACUGGGGUUUAUAGAUGGAUGUUGGACUACAAAAGAAGCAUAUAUGACUUUUCAGGGUUCAUAUACCAAGAUUUACUUUCAACAAAUUCAGCAGAUUUACAAGCCAAGUCCUGUGCUCAAAGAAGUGCAUUUCAGAAUAUUUUAAUUGGUGCUCAUUAAUUUUUGAAGAUUCAGUUUUGCUUUGAAAAGCUGAGCAGUGUAUGGCAUGAAUGCUCUGGUUCAAUCAGACACCUGUACCGACAUGUUCCGCAGUUGGUUGCAGCAGAGCUGCUGCAAUGUACUUCACUCGUAAGUUGAGUACAAAGAAAUAUCACUGGUUACUCAAUGUGCAUUGGUGGAUAUUAAGUAAGGGCAUGAGCAGAGUUGGUUGUAUAUCGCAUACUGACUGAUGUUUUUAGCUUAAAUAGGAACCAAUGACAAGACAGACAAAAAUUAGCAAGACUAAAUUUCAGCAGGAAGGAAAAUUUCUCUUUGAAAAAUAUCAAAUAUCAGCACUAACACCAAGUUUGUAAAUAAGACGUUUUUUGUCUUAAGCUGAUCCAAACAAUGUAACACGCUAUUGUACCAGAAACAGUCCAUGUAUAGCAGCAGUUUUACGAUUUUUGAAAUGGAGAUAGGCAAAUGAAAGUAACAAUGGUUAACGAUGAAAUCAAUAAAUAUGUUGCUAACAACUUAGUAGUUUUGUAUGUUAGGUUUUAAGUGGAGAAAGCAUUAUUGAUUAUGGGAAUUGGCUACUUCAGAUUUAUGGGUAUGAAGUCGCAGUGGUGGAGUAACUAAAAUGGUUAUCUCAUGUUGCAUUAACUCUAAUAGGAAUAACAGCAAUAAAAUCAGUAGUAAUUAUACCUAAAUUUAGAAGGACAUGUUGCAAGAACAGCAUUACAACAGAUAGCUUAUGUGAAGCACUCUUUUAACCUUAAAAUAAUCUUAGCAAUUCUUUUCAUCAUGAUUCAAUCCUUUAAUAAGUAAAUGUAAUUUUUUUAAACCUCUUUGAACAAACACAUAUCUACAAACAAGCAUUGCUAUCAGUUCACUACCCAAUGGUAAAUACCCAUAUUAACAAUACCAGGGGUAGAAGAGAGUAGGAGCAAGAGGCAAAAAAAAAGAGCGCAUACAUGCAAUUACAUACAAACACAAAACAUACACAUGAUCUACAUACUUUACAUCACCCCUCAAAGUAGAUUUACAUCUAUUUUAAAUAAAAUCACAGUCCUCAGUAAAUCAACUCAAGUCCUACAUUUUACUAGCCCCCUGUAUGGGCCUUUCACUGUGCCAGGUACACGAUAACAGAGUUCCGUCUUUCCAAGUAAGAGUCCAUUUUCAGUUGUAAACUUGCAGUGAUAUUUCAAGUCAAGUCAAGUCACUUUUUAUUGUCAUUUCAACCAUAACUACUGGUAUAGUACAUAGUAAAAAUAAGAUGACGUUUUUUUCAGGACCAUGGUGUUACACGACACAGUACAAAAACUAGACUGAACUACGUAAAAAAAAAACAACACAGAAAAAAAAUACACUAGACUACAGACCUACCCAGUUCACUUUGUUCAGUCUCUGUAUCCAUUGUUCCAAAGUGGGUGGGUGAGGUUUAAGCCAGUUGACAGUUAUCAUUUUAUGAGCAAUCAGAAUCAAGACUCUUAACAUGUAUAGCUUAUUCUUCUCUAAUGCAGAUUGCGGGAGGUUGCCUAAAAUUAAAUGACUAGGUUUAAAGGGUAUACUUAUAUCUAAAAUCCUUCUUAUUUCCUCAUUGACCUUGUACCAAAAUUCCCCUAAUUUGGUACAGUCCCAGAAUAUAUGUGCAAAAUCUCCCACUGGGCCACAGCCUUUCCAGGAAAGUCUGCUGUUUUUUUCUGAGUAUAAUGAUAUUACUAACAGGGUUGUAAAGUACCUCAUCCUUAUUUUCCAAGCAAAUUACCUCCAAUUGGGCCUAUUCAAGCAUUUAUGCCAUGACUGCCAAGACCUCGCCCACUCUUCCUCUUCUAUUAUGGUAUUUACCUCCACAUCCCACUUAUGUUUGACAUCUAACAUGUUAUCCAUUGUAUCCAGGUGCUUUUUUUAUAUACACAAGAUAAAAUUUUCUGGAAUUGUGUCCUACCCAUGAUGAUCUCUAUCCAAAAUGUUUCCAAGUUAUUUGGCUGUAUUUUAAGAUUGUUCCAUUCUUUGUGUGAAGUAAGGUAAUGUCUAAUUUGGAGGAAUCUAUAAAAGUCAUUUGAUACAAGGUCAAAUUCAGUUUGAAGUUGGGAGAAACGUUUGAUUGCCUCACCAUCAAACAUCCACAAGAACCAGGCCUCUUUGUGCCCACCUGUUAAAACCAGAAUCCAGUCUUGCUGGAAUAAAAUCUGAAAUGAAUGCAGUUCUGGUUGCCCUUAAUAUAGUCCUUGGAAGAUCUAAUUUUUUUCAUAAUUUUAUCCCAUACUUUCAAUGUUUAGUUAACUCAUUCAUUCUGAGUCUCAACAUUCUUCCACGCGUUUGGAUUUAAAAAGGGAAGAGCUGCUAAAGAUAACUCGCCAAUUGAAUUUUGCUCUACAUGAACCCAUCUUGAAUCCACGUCUUCUCUGAUCCAUGACACAAUUGCUCUUAAUUGGGCAGCCCAAUAAUAGGUCCUUAAAUGAGGUAAAGCUAAACCUCACUUUUUUAUUUGAGUAUAACACUUUAGUCUCACACUGGGCCUCUUUUUCUGCCAUGUAAACCUACUGAUGAGUCAUCCAACAUUUUAAAAGUAGAUAUAGGAACAAUUAUGGGUAGAGCACUGAAAAGAAAAAAAACCUGGGCAAAAUAUUCAUCCUGAUCACUUCUACUCCACCUAUCAGUGAUAAAGGAAGCAUCUCCCAAUGCUCAAGAUCUCUCCUCACUUGAUUAAUAAGUUUAACAUAAUUGGCUUCAAAGAGCUGGGAGGAACUGUGAGUUAGACAAACUCCCAAAUAUCUAAAGCCCUGUUUUGGGCAAUGAAAAGUCACUUCAUCAUCCAGCUGAAUUGGCUACCUCAGAUUUAUGGGUCUGAAGUUACAGUAGUGAAGUAACUAAAAUGGUUGUCUCAUGUUGCAUUAAAUCUAAUAGGAACAACAGCAAUAAAAUCAGUAGUAAUUGUACCUAGAUUUAGAAGGACAUGUUGCAAGAACAGCAUUACAACAGAUAGCUUAUGUUAAGCGCUGUUUUACCUUAAAAUAAUUUUGUCAAUUCUUUUCAUCAUGAUUCAAUCCUUUAAUAAGUAAAUGUAAUUUUUAAAUUUUCCAAACCUGCAGUCUGACAAUUGCUUAGAGAAUGCAUUUCUUGUUAGGCUUUGGAAUAUUACUGUCACAACUUUAACCAUACUGUUAAUGGAAAGACAAUCUCUUAUUUGUUGACUUAAAUUUGUGUGUAUGGUAUAUUAAGAAGUAUUAUAAAGCUUAAUGUGUUUUGCCAAG